AUGGCGUCUUCUUCGUCUAUCUCCUCUCUCAAGAUUGAGAGUCUUCUCGGCAUGCUUACCAUUCGCUUGAUGCUUGCUCCUCCGAAAUUUUCGAUUUUGGAUGAGGAAUGUGUUACCUCUAAAGUAACCGUUGUGUACAAAGACUGGCUGCGUACUGAUAAAUCUCUCCUGAGUCUGCUGAUUGCCUCUCUCUCCGAUGAAGCUCUUGAGUAUGUCAUUGGAAGUCGCACUGCUCGUUAG